AUGGAAAUUGAAUUUGUGCCGGUUCAUAAGACAUGUCCCGAUGGUCUCCACUACGAUCCGUCAGUGAAGUGGCCGGCGUAUCCUUGUGGUUAUUCAGUAGACGUACCUUGUAAGGGACGAGGUGCUAUGCAGGCAGCUCAACCAACAAAAGAUUGUCCGCACCAGUUUGGCUACUUCCCAUCUUCAGCGGCAGCCCCCAACGACUGUGGACAGUACCGCAUGUGUGUUGGAGGUCAUGCCCUGGAGAUGCUAUGCCCGACUGGUCUCGCCUUCAACCCAGCCAAAGCCUCUUGUGACUGGCCUAACAACGUACCUUCCUGCAAUGUUGAUGCUUUCCUUGCCUUCAAGUGUCCUGCGGCUUCUUAUGAUACAGACGGCAACCCUAUUGUAACAAAUCACAGGUACGAAGGCAAUUGCUUUGCAUUCUACUCCUGUGGAGCAGGUCAAUCUCGCUUAUUGUCCUGCGAUGUUGGACUGGCUUUUGACCCAGCACUUGGCUUCUGUGUUGAUGAAGAAAAGGUGGAGUGCGGAAUCAAGCCCGUACCUCAACAAGCCGCGUCUACUCUUUCUGGAAUUUCUUCUUCGUCAGCCCCUUUUAUUUCGUCUACCAAUGCCCCUUCCAAACACCCAGUUUAG